AUGGGAUGCUGCAGCGUUACCCAGAGGCAUACUGGAGUGGAUGAAGUGGGGCCUGAUGAAAUUGAACUCCUGGAACUCUCGGGGGACAAUUUAGGGAUAUGGAGUCUAGGAGAAACGAAACUUCAGCUUACAGUGAGAAACAGUAGUGAUGAGCAGCAGCUGCCACCGCCGCCACCUCCACCACACAAACUCUCUGUACGACACCUGGAACAAGAGGUGGUGGUGUGGGGCCGUAGCAGAGAUGAGCUACAUCACAGGAUUUACUCCCAGCAGCCAAUCAGGGGCUGGGAAGGCCAACCUGCCCACAUGUAUGGAGAGAUCAUACACUCCUCCCUGGUGUCUUUCUACAACAAAUACACACAGGAGACAACUGAACACUUCCUGGUAUUGUUCUACUUCCACCUGUUGAUCCUUUCUUUGGACCACUCCAGACAGGAUUUUAAAUAUGAGGGCAUUCUUCCGCUUUCCGGACUCUCCUUUCAGGCCAUCUCCCUGAACUCUGAUGAAUCCCACUCACCACACAUGUUUGAGAUAAGCAGUCCAGUGGUGGACUCAAAAGUGUUCGUAUGUUCUAGCGCUGCCGAGUUACAGAAAUGGAUGCAGCACAUAGAAGACAGAAGAUACAAGUCCCAGAUGAAACCUCUGAGUCCCUCCCAUUGUGCUCUCUCCUACCUUUUACCAUGUGAUGAACACUGGAAAAGAGAGGAGCUGAAAAAUUACUUACUGCAAGCUCCAAUAUGGCAGUGGGAAGGUUCGCCCAUUCAGCAUAUGGGUCACCCAGGAUACCUAUCCACUGUUCAUAUCAUCAACACACAGAGACAGGGACUCCAGGAAAGACUGAUGGUUCUCUUUCCUCAAGACAUCCUGCUGCUUUCUGUUGACAGAAUGCGUCUCAAUAUAAAGUAUGAGGGCAGGCUGGCCAGACACAGCAUCAAAGCAGUGGAGCGCUCUUCCCUUCCUGGACGGCUGGAGUUUGAACUCAUAGGUGAGCUGGUGGAGCCCCUGCAGGUCUCCUGCAUCUGCCUGGAGGAUUACCAGACCUGGAUCUUUCACCUACAACAGCCAGAUCGAAGUAGCCACGUUACUGUAAGCCGCCCUCCUCCCCCCAUCGUGCCAAAGCUUCGGAGGUGCAGGAAGGAGUCCGAGAAGCCGAUCAUAGCAGCUGACCAGUGUCACAUCAACGGGCGGAGCUGA